AAGAUAAUCAAUCAAAACUUCCUACUAUUUCAACUAUCAUUUCUCAUUGUUUAUUCCUUUAUUUGUUAAGCUGAGUAGAUUUCUUUUCCAGCUGCUCCAUCUGGGAUCAUCUAAAUUUGAGCUGAAUAUAAUCCAGUUUUUUUACAGCUAAGACACUAAAUCUUUGGAGGCCGGCUAUGUAUUGUUUUGCAUUUACAUGCCGUGAAGAAAAAGAUGAACCGAAAAAUCCGACAAAAUCGAUAUCUAAUACUUCUUCAUCUACAGGAAGAUCAUGGACAGGAUUGAACUCUAAAUCUGUGUCUAAAGUUAGCACCAAGCGAACCCGAAGGAGGGCUAAUGUUCCAAGCUGUUUACAGAGGCCAAGUAACCUAAAAGAAUUCACUUUCUCUGAACUCAAGUUGGCCACCAAUGGAUUUAGCCGGUCUUCGAUAAUUGGCGAGGGUGGGUUCGGGUGUGUCUACUUGGGCUCCAUCAAGUCCCCUCAAGACCAGACUAAAAGGGUUCAUGUGGCUGUCAAGCAGCUCGGUAGACGGGGUUUACAGGGGCACAAGGAGUGGGUAACGGAGGUGAACGUUCUCGGGGUGGUUGAGCACCCAAACCUUGUGAAGCUCGUUGGCUAUUGCGCAGAAGAUGAUGAACGAGGGAUCCAACGGCUUCUAGUUUAUGAAUAUAUGCCCAAUGGAAGUGUUGAAGAUCAUUUAUCGGCAAGGACCGAGGAACCUCUUUCAUGGGCCAUGAGACUUAAAGUGGCUCAAGAUGCCGCUCGUGGCUUGACAUACCUCCAUGAAAAAAUGGACUUUCAAAUUAUAUUCAGAGAUUUCAAAUCUUCCAACAUCCUUCUCGAUGAUCAAUGGAACUCCAAACUUUCGGAUUUUGGUUUAGCUAGGUUAGGUCCCCAAGAAGGACGAACCCAUGUCACUACAGCGGUUGUGGGAACAAUGGGAUAUGCAGCUCCAGAGUAUAUACAAACUGGUCGACUCAGAUCCCAGAGUGACGUAUGGAGCUACGGUGUUUUUCUGUAUGAACUUAUCACGGGUAGGCGUCCAGUGGAUCGUAACCUACCCAAGAAGCAACAAAACCUUCUAGAAUGGGUGAAACCCUAUCUUAGCUCUGCAAAGUUUUCGCUAAUAGUCGAUUCUAGGUUAGAAGGUAAAUACUCAAUGGAAACAGCACAAAGACUAUCCAUUGUAGCCAACAAGUGUUUGUCCAAGAAUCCAAAAGCAAGACCAAAGAUGAGCGAGGUCUUGGAAAUGGUUAACCGGCUCGUUGAAAAUGCAUCAGAAGGAACCAGUCCCAGACUGCCUCUAGGUAGUCCGGUUCAUGUUGCCCCUUCUGUUGAAUCCAGCGAGCCGGAUAAUGUUUCUGAGGAGUCAACGGAAUAAGCAUAUGAGAACAUGCCAAGUAAAGGAAAGAAUAUGUAUAAGAGAAGGUUUACUAAUAUCAAAUUAGUAGACAUUGAUUAUUUGGGACAAAAGGGUGUUAUUAGUCAAUGUCAUUUUUCCCCUUUGUGUUGUUUGUACAAAAGUGUAGUCUGCUAGAUGGGAAGGACAAAUUAGUAAUUUAACUGAUAUAUAAAUGAGGGAUGGUGGUAAGAAGUUUGUUAAAUUAUAUGAAACGUUUUGUCAUUUUUAUGCUUA